UGCCCUUUUCCGGUUAGCUAACGCAGAGCUUUCAUUUCAUUCAACGUUUAGAUACUACACCUCAUCUCUUCAAAAUAUUUUUACGCGGUCUAUAUUACCUUUCGACUAAACACGAAAAUGGCAGAGGCCAUUCAAAAGAAGUUGAAAGGGGAAGUAGAAAAAUAUACUCAGAUGCAGAAAGAUGUUAGCAAGAGCAUGUCAGCCAGACAGAAGCUGGAAACGCAACUGGCUGAGAACAACAUUGUCAAAGAGGAGCUUGACCUGCUGGACAUCACAAACACAGUGUUUAAGCUUAUCGGCCCAGUAUUAGUAAAGCAAGACCUGGAUGAGGCCAAAGCCACCGUCACCAAGAGGCUGGAGUACAUCAACGGAGAGAUUCAUAGGUAUGAGAGUCUCCUGAAAGACCUGGAAAAGAAAUCCGAACAGCAUCGAGAAGUCUUGUCCAGUUUACAGCAGGAGUAUCAGAGAGCUCAGGGCCUGGCUGUUGGCAAAGUCUGACCAAGUGAUCCGGCUGCAUGUUCUCUCACACACACACACACACACACACACACACACACACACACACACACACACACACACACACACACACACACACACACACAGAUAAAAGAAGAAUGGAUUAUUCAUGAUUUAAUGUAGACCUUCAACAUAAGGCUGAGAAUAUUGUGCCUGUAUCUUAUCAGUGAUUUGUUUAUUACAGUGACUCUUCCCUUGUUACUAAUAAACGUGUUUUUCAUGAAAGGUCAA